ACGGUUGACAAAGAGAGCGUGAAGGAGAAGGAAGAAAGAUGAGAAAUGGAAGGUAUUGUUACAGAGAUGUGCUGCCAUUUACAACCUUGGUGACCAUGGAAUGCGUUACUGUAGCCGUCAAUACCUUAUUCAAAGCUGCUACACUCAGAGGGAUCAUCAGUUACCAUGUCUUCAUCGCUUACGCUUAUGCAAUUGCAGCUCUCCUUCUCCUUCCUUCACCCUUCUUCUCCCACAGAUCAAGAGUGCUACCUCCACUUAAUUUCUCCAUCAUAUGUAAAAUCUGCCUCCUUGGCCUAAUUGGAUAUACAUCUACAAUCAUGGGAUACGCAGGCAUCAAUUACAGUUCUCCAACUCUUUCUUCGGCCAUCAGCAACCUGAUCCCUGCUUUCACCUUUGUUCUUGCCAUCAUUUUCAGGAUGGAAAAAGUAGCAUUGAGAAGCUCAAGCAGUCAAGCUAAAAUCAUAGGCACCAUAGUGUCAAUAUCAGGAGCACUUGUAGUGGUUCUCUAUAAAGGUCCACCGCUCAUAUUGACUUCAUUUCUCCCCAUUUUGCUUCGUCAGCCUCUGCACUCACUGUGCUCAAAUUGGGUUAUUGGCGGCCUUUUCCUUGCAACGCAGUCUAUAUUGGUGGCAAUGUGGUACAUUGUUCUGGUGUCAAUUAUGAAGGAGUAUCCAGCAGAACUGACGGUUAUCUUCUUUUACAACUUAUCCGUUAGCAUCCUAGGUGCAAUUGUAGGUUUAAUUACAGAACCAGACUUGAAUGCUUGGAGAAUUAGACUUGAUAUAGUAUUGCUCUCUAUUAUAUGCUCGGGGAUCCUCGGAUCAUUCUUGAACAAUGCUGUCCACACAUGGGCAUUGCACUUGAAGGGGCCGGUCUACGUUGCAAUGUUCAAGCCAUUGUCAAUUGCCAUUGCGGUUGCAAUGGGCGUCAUGUUCCUCGGCGAUACUCUGUAUCUUGGAAGUGUUGCAGGAGCAACAAUAAUAUCAAUUGGGUUUUACACAGUAUUGUGGGGAAAAGCAAAGGAAGAUAUGGGUGAUGACAAUGAAAUUGGUAACUUAGAAUCGCCUUCAACCCACAAAAUCCCCCUGUUGCGUAGUUAUAAAAAUCAAGGAGCAUAGAGCAGAAAAAUGGAAGCAGGACAUAUCCGACUUCUCUAGUGGUAACAAUCUGGAUUUACUAGUUUUUGCACACAAACUGCUCUUUUGAAAGAGUCGUGAUACAGCGAUCCAAAGUCAAGAGAUAUCAGACUGCAUUUAUGUGAGGGGAACGUUAGCUGUCAUGAUGACAUCAUUUCUCAGUCACAUAAAAUAGUCGGAGAGAUCACUUUUCCUUUUCAAUUAUAAGUAUUGGUGGUUCUGCAACUAGGUUGGUAGCCUUUAGUUGUCAUAAAAGUGGAUCUCACUGGAAAUAUGUGAAAUGUGAAAUGAAGAUAGAGAGACAGUGAUGUAUAUUUAUAUCAUACUAUGAAUAAGUGAGGAUUGUUGACCUAAAGGUCAUGGAACCGCAAAGUCCUAGAUAUUGUAUAUAUCUGUACAUAUUUUUAUACACAAAACAUUGUUAUGAAUUUAGAAUCAAACAAUGUAAUCAAGCAAUGUUGGUGUUGUUUUAA